AUGGGACAACUCUGGGAGGACCCUAAACGCUCAAGGCAUUGUGUUAAUCCUGAGUAUGUGGGAAAUACUAGAUGCAUACCCAGUGAUGCAUAUACCGUACCCAGGUACCUACAGCGACAUCCACCUCUACUCAUUCUGUCCUUGGAUGGACUAGUCAGUCCUUUGUCGGAGCAUUUUGACUCUCUGAAGAAACUGGGUGACCUUGGAGUCAGCACCACGGCCGUCUACUCUUCCAUUCCAGAGAGCAAUUUUACAAAUAGCAUAGCUAUUGCCACUGGAAUGUACCCUCGAUGGCAGGGGUGGUUAGAAGGUUCUCCAAGAGGUAAUGAGGCAAAUAUGACCAAUGCGGACGAUAUAAAGCCGAUAUGGCAGAGAUACAGUGAGCAGACAAAAGGAAUCGCAGCUCUGCAUUCAUGGCCUCUAGGGCCAUUCCAAGCAUACCGUCCUGACUAUUACGUUGCUAGCAAUGAAGCUACACUUCUCGAAGAUCAACUGACUGCGGCUCUCAGGUGGCUUAGAAUGGAGGCCACAUUACGUCCUGGCUUGGUCAUGAUCAAAUCUGAUGAAGUGCGCAAGAUCCUCGAAACUGCCGAAAGUGCAGCAGUGGCACAAAGAUUGCUAUCAGAGCUCAAUGGCGUUCUUGUCAAAUUCUUUGCUGAAUUAUUCAGGGAGGGUAUUCUAGAAUGCAUGAAUAUAGUCAUACUUUCUGACGAAGGGGUCACUAGAUCUGCUUGGUCUCUGGAACGAAUCGACAAAUCUGACUAUGACGAAGCUGAUCCUGAAAAGACUAUCGCUAACGUUUACGGUACAAACCCCUUUGGGGAGUUUUCAUUUAGCAAUGACAAAUUCAAUGAGCUUGAAGUUGAAAGUGAACAUUCAGAACAUCGAGUACAUGAAUUUGUGGCUAAUCUCCUCAAUAUGACGCAUGUACGCAAUAACGGCACUAUUGGGCUCAUGGACGACAUUCUCGUUCAUCCCGUGAAACGAGAGAGGCACAUAAAAUUUGGGAUUAGAGAAUGUCCGUACACAAAUGAGAACACUGUCAUCAACUGCGGAGGAUGUACAGCAAUACAGCAAACACGUAUAGCUAAAUGGAUGAGCAGCUGUGUGCAGCCAAAUAGGCCUUUGGUACUUUUGUCAUCGUCUUCCACGUUCUGUUACAAAAAAAUCUGCGAGAAACUUAUAGUCAAAGGCUCAAUUGGAGACGAUUCCCUGGCACUGGUAGAAGUUUUCCAUCCAAAUAAUGCUAUAGCCAAGUCAGAGACGGCAUGUCGGUUUGUUAGUUCACGCUACGGAGCUGAGUGCUCUGAUCUGACAGCGUCGGAAGGACAUGAGUUCCGCUCUCUUUCUGCAAAUCCCAAGAAAAGCAAGAUUGUCUCUUAUUCUAGUCUUGUAGUGACUAAACCCUUCAUUUCAGUCCUUGCUCGAGAUGCUACCAUUCAAGUUCUUUGGAAGAGCUCAUUCAUCACAGCUAUCUUGGAUCCUCUUAAUGAGUACACGCUGACAACAUCCAAAGAUAUAGGCAGAUUGAUUUGCAUCACCGGAACAGCAUAUGACCGUGAUUUGGACGGAAUUGCUGACCGAGAUAGAAGGUAA